CCGGGUGAAGUUCUGUGGCCUGUGUUAUGCAGAAGGUUAGAGCAGACCAUCAUGCUAGUCCUUCAGGUUAUACACUCUACGAAUGUUGUGUAAUGCUCACUCCUACUUUGCUACCUGUUGCGCACGCCCCCCCUCCCCCGCAGCUCCCACAGGUCUGUCUGUGGGUUUGGAGCACUGAAUGAGAGAAUAACCACAGAGCAUUUACACCGAUGUGAUUCCAGUGACCAGGCGUCAUGUCCCUGUUGCUGUGACAUUAACUUCGCAGCUGGUCUUUGUAACCCUUCACAAAGUCUCUGAGUAGAAAAAGGACAAAUAUGUACUAAAGCCGCUGAUUUGCUGAUUAAACAAUUAUGGUGAAGCAGCCUGUUUUUGUUAAUGAAAAACUGAGAGGGAACGGUAGUGUCAGCUGCUUCUCCCGCGCGGCUAAUGAGCGGGUUUAAUGUGAGCUGAGCAUGCUCAUUAAUAACAACCGAGGCUGCUUUUCUAACCAGGCUCCUGCUCUCACAGUCUUUCCCCUCUCUCCGUGCAAAAUACCGGGCUAGACAGACAGACGUUACGUACUAGUCUGGUGAAGCUACAUUGGGCUGCGGUAUCCAGGACUCCUCGCUAUGGGCAGCCAGGAAGCAGAGACCCAGGAGACUUUGCAAACCCCAGGUGGGAUUCUAGAAAAUGGCAGACCAGAAGUUCCCUGUGAAGGCUCAAGUAGGUUUACCAGAGAUCAGCUCUUCGCAAUGGUAGCAACAGCUUGUUUAAACUUCAGUUCAAUGAUUUGCUAUUCAAUCCUGGGACCCUUUUUUCCAAGAGAGGCAGAGAAAAAGGGUGCCAGUGAUGCAGUUGUUGGACUGAUUUUUGGAUGCUUUGCUUUAUUCAAUUUCUUGACUUCUUUAAUAUUGGGCAAUUAUCUUGUACAAAUUGGAGCCAAAUUCAUGUUUGUGGCUGGGAUGUUUGUUUCGGGAUGUGUUACAAUUCUAUUUGGUUUGUUGGACAAAGCACCUGAUGGACCAGUAUUCAUUGGUUUGUGUUUUCUGGUUAGAGCGAUGGAUGCCAUAGGCUUUGCUGCAGCAGUGACAGCAUCAUUUUCUAUUCUUGCAAAAGCUUUUCCCAAUAAUAUAGCUACAGUAAUGGGCAGUCUUGAAAUUUUUACAGGGCUUGGACUAGUGCUGGGCCCACCUAUAGGUGGCUUUUUGUAUCAGUCCUUUGGCUAUGAAGUCCCUUUCAUAGUGCUAGGAUGCUUAGUGCUGAUCCUGGUGCCUCUGAACAUGUACCUCUUACCAAAAUACGAUGCAAUCGCUACCAAGGACUCGUUCUGGAUGCUCAUUACUCUGCCAAAAGUUGUACUUCUCUGUUCUACUAUAUUUUCACUAAGUGCAUGUUUAGGCUUUUUGGAUCCCACCAUGUCACUGUUCGUUUCAGAGAAGUUCAAAUUACCAGCUGGUUAUGUGGGGUUAGUAUUCCUAGGUUUGGCACUCUCCUACUCCUUGUCUUCACCAUUGCUUGGGUUUCUAAGUGAUAAAAUGCCACACCUAAGGAAAUGGUUGUUGGUCUUUGGGGGCUUACUGACCGCACUGUCCUUUUUCCUGUUAGGACCUGCUCCCAUCUUGCACAUUGAAAGCAAACUCUGGAUGUUUGUCCUAAUGCUGGUUUUGACUGGCUUUUCCCUUGGGAUGUCUGGUAUCCCACUGUUCCCUGAGAUGCUGCAUUGUGCUUAUGAGAAUGGAUUCGAGGAGGGGUUAAGUGUGUUGGGACUGGUGUCUGGGCUCUUCAGUGCAAUGUGGUCACUUGGAGCUUUUGUAGGACCAACAUUAGGUGGAUACCUAAAUGAGAGGCUGGGGUUUGAAUGGGCUGCCGCCAUACAAGGAGGAUGGGCGUUAUUAAGUGGACUAGCUAUUGGAAUAUUCUAUAUCCUAGAGGCCUCACGAAGAAGAAGAAGAUCCAAUUUGCAGACCCCUCUGGGCACAAAUGAAGAAAGAGCUCACCUGUUGGCUAGUGAGACAUAGCCAGGAAUACUUCUGGAUCAACAUUCUUUUAUUUAUUUUUUUAUUAAGUUAACUUAGUGAUGAGAAGAGCGGACUUAACAUCCAAACAGUGUUGCAUAAUUCUAGAGCUGGGAGAAUCACUUCCCAUAAUGCGUAACAAAUUGUGGAUUAUUUGUAAUGGCAACAUAUUGCUGUUCUGAUGCUCUAUUUAAAUACUACAUGCCUUUCUUUUGGAUGUUCCUGCUGUGGAUUAGUUGAACUGGUAAAUCAAAUGUCACCCUGCUUAUCUGUGUUCAUGGUACAGUGCACUGAAGAGAGAUUUUGCACAAUGUGAAAAAAUUGUGUUUCAGAAUGUUCGUUUCUUGUACUUGAAUCUGAUGGGGACUAUCCCAGACCGUCUGUCACUAACAUGUUUUAUUGUAAUGUGCAUUUUCCUUUUUAAAAAAGGAAAAGAAUGGUUAAAAUAUCAUAUCUGAUAACAUUAGCUGAUGAAAGGGAAUUUGAAAUUGUGAAACAGUGAGCGUAAUGCUCUGUUAAAUAAAACCAAGUAACUUCUUA